AUGGAUGGGCCCUCGAGGGUGGAGACGUCGGAGGAGAGGUGUCGGUGCGCACGUUCAGUUUGCUCUUCUCCAUCGUGGUCGUACUCGAUAUCCACUGGCGUUGAUGACCUGCGACAGGGCGCUCCACGAGCGAAGGGGUGCAAUCCCGACGUCUCCCAAUGGUGGAAGGGAGUAGAUACAGACCCCGCGGUGGAGACCGCCAUGAUCAAGAUCCUGCACUUCGCAGCUUCAACAUUAGAAUCCCUCGCUUUCCUCGCCACGACGCCCUGGACGAGCACAUGCCUGAUAUCCCAUGCGUCCAAGUCGAUGCCGGCGCUCCAGCGGCUGCAUCUCUCGGGGAACCGCAACCCCCACGGGUUGUUCCAGCUUGGCGGGUUGGAAGCGUCAUGUCCGUCAAUAUCGCGUCUGCGGAUAUCAGGCGUAGAAAGGGCCGUGGCGUUUGCACAUGAGCUUGAUGGCCUCCUUCAGCCAUCGUCCUCGCCGAGCGCAUGUAUUGCGAGUGGACGACAGGCGUUCUUCGCGGCGACAUUGCCGAAGAAGAUGAGGAUCUUGAUGGUACAACCGGCCCCAGUAUCGGUCAAGUCCGUUCGGAGUGCUAGACUCACGAAGGAUAUGAUGCACGUCCUGGAGGCGCUGGAUCGAUCAGCGAAAGGCGAGGACGGCGGCGUUGCUUUCCAUGUCUUGGAUGAACAAGAUGUGGAUGAUGGGUCCGAGACGAAGAGGUUGAAGGCCGAUUGGAUGGACCGAUUGGGUGGCGGCGAGGGCUGCUGGGCCUUGAGAAGUUGA